GCCCUGCCCGCUUCCGCCAACGCUGGCUCGGAAAGUUUGCUGCUCGGCGGCCGCUUCCCCAGCAUCCUGGGGCGUGAACUCGCUCGAGAGUGUGAAAGCGCAGCCUGUGUACUCUGAGUAUCCGGGGGGCUGGGGUGAAGUUGUCGGGUGGUUAGUGGAGGCCGCAAGUGUCCCAGAACAGAACAGUAGGAGUGGGCAGAAGAAUCUGAUUGCUUGGGAGAAAUUCUUGAGACUCUGAAAAUGGGAUAGUCCCAAAGAAGUCUGUGGUGACCCAAGUGACAGUCGAGCCGUAUGUCACAUGCGAAAUUGCGAGCGAAGGGUGGUUGGUAGAGUAAAAACAGCCCGCCAGAAAUGCGAGAGUCUCUGGGUCCUGCUGGUGACGAGCCUCCUGUGGUGGUGGGUUUUGUUAAACAUCAGCGAGAGCUUUUUAACUGUCAAAGGUGCUGCACUUUUUCUGCCAAGGGGAAAUGGCUCAUCCACACCAAGAAUCAGCCACAGACGUAACAAGCAUGCAGGUGAUCUCCAACAGCAUCUCCAAGCAAUGUUCAUAUUACUUCGUCCAGAAGACAACAUCAGGCUGGCUGUGAGACUGGAAAGUACUUAUCAAAAUAGAACACGCUAUAUGGUAGUGGUUUCAACUAAUGGCAGACAAGACACUGAAGAAAGCAUUGUCCUAGGAAUGGAUUUCUCUUCUAAUGACAGUAGCACUUGUACCAUGGGUUUAGUCCUGCCUCUCUGGAGUGAUACCCUGAUUCAUUUGGAUGGUGAUGGUGGGUUCAGCGUUUCAACAGAUAACAGAGUUCACAUUUUCAAACCUGUAUCUGUGCAAGCAAUGUGGUCUGCACUGCAGAGUUUACACAAGGCUUGUGAAGUCGCCAGGAUCCAUAACUACUACCCAGGCAGCCUGUUUCUUACCUGGGUGAGUUAUUAUGAGAGCCAUAUCAACUCAGAUCAGUCCUCCGUUAAUGAAUGGAAUGCUAUGCAGGACGUGCAGUCCCAUCGGCCCGACUCUCCAGCGCUCUUCACAGACAUACCAACAGAACGUGAACGAACAGAAAGGCUAAUUAAAACUAAAUUAAGGGAGAUUAUGAUGCAGAAGGAUUUGGAGAACAUCACUUCCAAAGAGAUACGAACAGAGUUGGAAAUGCAAAUGGUGUGCAACUUGCGGGAAUUCAAGGAAUUUAUAGAUAAUGAAAUGAUAGUAAUCCUUGGUCAGAUGGAUAGUCCUACACAGAUAUUUGAGCAUGUGUUCCUGGGCUCAGAGUGGAAUGCUUCCAAUUUAGAAGAUUUACAGAACCGAGGGGUGCGGUAUAUCUUGAAUGUCACUCGAGAAAUAGAUAACUUCUUCCCAGGAGUCUUUGAGUACCAUAAUAUCCGGGUGUAUGAUGAAGAAGCCACAGAUCUCCUGGCUUACUGGAAUGAUACUUACAAAUUCAUCUCUAAAGCAAAGAAACAUGGGUCUAAAUGUCUCGUGCACUGUAAGAUGGGGGUGAGUCGCUCGGCCUCCACAGUGAUUGCCUAUGCAAUGAAAGAGUACGGCUGGAAUCUGGACCGAGCCUAUGAUUAUGUGAAGGAGAGACGCACAGUGACCAAGCCCAACCCCAGCUUCAUGAGACAAUUAGAGGAGUACCAGGGGAUCUUACUAGCAAGCAAACAACGACAUAACAAACUCUGGAGAUCUCAUUCAGACAGUGAUCUCUCAGACCACCAUGAACCCAUCUGCAAACCGGGACUAGAACUCAACAAGAAAGAGAUCACCACCUCAGCAGACCAGAUUGCUGAGGUGAAGACCAUGGAGAGUCACCCAUCCAUACCUCCUGUCUUUGUGGAACAUGUGGUCCCACAAGAUACAAAUCAGAAAGCCCUGUGUACCAAAGAAAGAAUGAUCUGCUUGGAAUUUACUUCUAGGGAAUUUCAUACUGGACAGAUUGAAGAUGAAUUAAACUUAAAUGAUAUCAAUGGAUGCUCAUCAGGAUUUUGUCUCACUGAAUCAAAAUUCCCUCUUGACAACUGCCAUGCAUCCAAAGCCUUAAUCCAACCUGCGCAAGUCCCAGAAAUGACCAACAAGUUCCCAGACUUAACAGUGGAAGAUCUAGAGACUGAUGCACUGAAAGCAGACAUAAAUGUCCACUUACUGCCUAUGGAAGAGUUAACAUCUGGACUGAAAGACCUCCCCAUGUCACCUGAUCCUGAGUCACCAAGCCCCCAGCCUAGCUGUCAUGCUGAGAUUUCAGAUUUCAGUACAGAUCGCAUUGACUUUUUUAGUGCCCUGGAAAAGUUUGUGGAGCUCUCUCAAGAAACCGGAUCUCGAUCUUUUUCCCAUUCAAGGAUGGAGGAACUAAGUGGAGGAAGGAGUGAGGGCUGUCGACUAUCAGUGGUAGAAGUACCCUCUUCUGAAGUGACCACUGAUGACCAGAGAAGCAGCUCUUUGAGUAAUACUCCCCAUGCAUCAGAAGAAUCUUCAAUGGAUGAAGAACAGUCUAAGGCAAUCUCAGAACUGGUCAGCCCAGAUAUCUUCAUGCAUUCUCAUUCAGAAAAUGCAAUUUCAGUCAAAGAAAUUGUUACUGAAAUUGAAUCCAUCAGUCAAGGAGUUGGGCAGAUGCAGCUGAAAGGAGACAUGCUAUCCAACCCAUGUCAUACACCAAAGAAGAGCACCACCCAUGAGCUGUCCCUUGAGAGAGCCCAGGCCCCAGAGAAUAAAGCUGGGCACAUGGAACAAGAUGAAGUUUUCUGUACAGCCCAUCCUGAACUACCUAGAGACUCAGGGAAGUGUAACCCAGAAGGCUGUGUAACCACACAGUCAUCCACAAUAGACUUUGAAGAAGAGGAACCAACCGAAGGGGAACAUGAGCUCUGGGGCUCAGGCAUGCAUUCAGGUGCCAAUUGGUACCCCGGGUCUGUGAGGCGAGCCACCCUGGAGUUUGAAGAGCGUUUACGACAGGAGCAGGAACACCAUAGUCCUGCCCCUGUGGGUACCUCAUUGUCCACUCGCAAGAAUUCUAAGAAUGAUGCUUCAGGGGCAGACCUAGCACCAAAAGGAAAAAAUGAUGAAGCCACCUCAGAAUAUUCAUUUGCUCCCAAGGAACCAGAAGUAAGCAAGGGCAAAGGGAAAUGCAGUAAGUCUGAGGCUGGCUCACUCUCCCAGUGUGAGCAGAAUGCCAUUGUUCCAGCACUCGAGCUGUUGGAGUGUCACCCUUUGACAGCAACUCAGGACAACCCAGGGUCAGAUAUUAGAACAAAGCAAGGAGUCCCAGAGGAGCAAAGGACUGUGGUUUCAUGCCAGGGCUCUGAGAUGCAAGCCCUCACUCUUCCCAAAAGGAUAGAAAUCAUCGAGUAUACUCACACAGUUACAUCACUCAGUCACACUGGGUCAGAGGCUGAAACAGCCACAAGUGAAGAGAAGGGCGAGCAAGGACUAAGAAAAGUAAGAGUAGAGAAGUCUGUCACUAUGCUGUGCGUGCUGGAUGAAAAUCUGAACAGGACUCUGGACCCCAACCAGCUUUCUCUGCACCCCCAAGUGCUACCUCUGCCUCAUUCUUCACUGGAGCACGAUAGACCCGCCAACCCAACAUCCAUGUUGAGCAGCCCUGAAAAGCGAAGCAACAGUCCAUUGACAGCCCCGGAAACAACAGCACCUUUUAUCAGUCAUACAACCCACAUACCUGCUAACUUGGAUUACAUGCAUCCCCAGACCGUGGUUCAUCUGGAGGGUUGCACAAAGCAAAGCAGCACAACAGACAGUGAGCCCUCUACAGAACAGGUUAACUGGGCAGAAACUCAAAAGGGCCAUCUCUCUGGUGGCGAUGAAGUACCACACAGGGUCUCCCAGUUAAAUAGCAAAGACCUACGUGUAAUUAGCAAAUUUGGUGGAAACAUUGGGGAAUUAAAGAAAAAACUAGACCCAUUACAGGCAUCUUGGCAACUCCCACAUAGUUCUAGCAGUGAAAAUAUAAAGGGUCUCCACCACAGUCCUCGUAAGGUAAAGGAGUGUGCUAAAGUUGAGUCCCAAGUGAUUUUCCAGGCAGGGGUCACCAAACCAUCCCAAAUGAGGCGCUCAGCUUCUCUUGCCAAGUUAGGCUACCUGGAUCUCUGUAAAGACUGUUUACCAGAGAGACAGGCUGUCUCUUCUGAAUACCCUCAUCUCAAACUGCUUCAGCCCUUCAUCAGAACAGACUCAGGCAUGCAUGCUAUGGAGGCCCAGGAGCCCCCAGAAAACCCAGGUGCCUCCCAGAACCCAGAGCCCACCAAGUAUUUUGUAGAGCAACUCAGAACAACAGAGUGUAUUGCACAGAGCAAACCAGUGGAAAGGCCCCUUGCGCAGUAUGCCAAAGAAUUUGGUUGUAGUCAGCAGUGUUUGCUCCCCAGGGCGGGACGAGAAUUGACUAGUUCUGAAGGAGGCCUUCCUUUGCUACAAACCCAGGGCUUGCAGGAAGCAGGCUCAGCUCCAGGGCUGGCCGUGGCACCCCGUCAGCAGCACGGCAGAACUCACCCCCUUAGAAGACUGAAAAGGGCAAAUGAUAAAAAACGGACAACCAACCCCUUCUAUAACACCAUGUGAUUCUGAGCCUACUACAUGUGAUUUUUCUAAAAGAAAUGUAUGUAAAAGGGGCAGGUGUAAUAUAUAAGGAACAUGCACUUUAUUGGUUAAUUUUAUAAUACUUUGGUCAUUUUACUGUUCCUGGCGCAUGCAGGGUUUGGAUUUUUUAGUGUGUGUGUGUGUGUGUGUGUGUGUGUGUGGACAAAGAUUGAUCUUGAUGGCAGGACCAUUUUAUCAUUGUUUAUUUUUUUAAAAUUCAAACCUCAAACUCAUUUUCAAAGAACACCUUUGUUAAGGCAAAUUGCUGUUUUUCAGUCAGCUACCACUUGCUCCUCAUUUUGCUGAGAAAAGACUGCUUGCUUGACUGAGGGAAAGGAGCAGAUGCGAGGGUGGCACUGAGGCUCCAAAUUAGAAAUAUUUCUCCAGGCCUUGUGAUGAUGGUUUCCAUACCUCAGGCAUCAGAUGGAGCUGAAGGGCAGCCAAGACCUCAAAGUUCUCCUAGCCUUCAUUCCCAGCCCUACUCCUUUGGAGUUUCUGAAAAAGAUAUGUUCUGCGUUGCUUUGCAAGGGGGCCUUCUAGAAUUCAUUUCUUUUGGUAUUGUAGAGUGUGUACUAAAAGGCAUGAUAAUAGCUGGCUCUAAAUUUAUCAAGCAAUUUUUCAGCCUCAAUAAAAAUUUUAAAAUUAUAAGGGAAGACCAAAUGAAAGCUAGGAGGCCUUCUGUAAAGAGCAGGUAAGAGGAGCGUGAAGAGGCCACUCCCAGUGACUUCUGGGUUAGUGGGUUCCACACAGACGGUCAUCCUGACUCUCCCUGCCAGGAAAUAUGCUCUUGCAAGUGCCCCAACUAAAAUGCAGCAGAGUCAAUUUUGAAAAACAGCAAUCAACAGUCAGUGUGUUCUUAUAAAAUGAAUAUAAAUGUAGGGUUUUUAAACCCUUUCCAUUACUUGAAUAAUUCUGUGGGCCUUCUGAGUUUAAUGGCCAUAUUUUUUCCCAAUUUAUCUUCCUCUCAAUGUAUGCCCCAUCCUGCCUAUUUUUUUUAAUUUCAUGGAUUAUAUUUUAAUUGUUGCAUACGUAUAAUCUCCAUUGAACGCAAAGUUUUCUAUGUUAUCACUGUUUAACACUUGACAUAAUUUUCUUUUCUCCUUUCUUUCCCUGGAAGGUUUGUCAUUUCUCUAAAGUAUACACAGUAUUUAUGUACAUAAUGUCACUUUCUUACAAUGUUUUGUUGUUGAUGUUGUGGGGCCCUUUGUGAUUUAUUCUUUUAAAGAAGAAAUAGUUGCAACUGGAAAACAUAUAAAGACACCAGAAGUAAAACUGGUAGUCGUUGAUAGGAAUCUGUACCAUAUAUUGAGGGUAGUUUUCCUGCCAAAUUAUGCAUUAGUAACUUCCUCCUCUGAGAAACCCCUAAAGGUUUCCAUUAGAUCACAGUGUGACUAAAAGCUGAUUUUUGUCUGAGACUAAGAGCCUAGAAUAUUACCUUGCCAGUACAUGAACCACAGCCAGAAAGUGUAUAUAUGCAUUGCCCAGAGCGAAAGCACCUAAUGGAGGCUGAGAGGCCACAGGGGAGGUCCCUGCUAAGGGCAAGUGCCCGUAAUAACUGUGUUUAGGAUGCUGUUGCUUCGUGGCUAUGGAGAUCCUUAACACAGGAGCAUCUGUCAUAAACAAGCCUCCAAGGUUCUUACAAAAGCAUAUCUAUCCUGGGACGGCACACCACCUACAGCUCAUCAGAAUGGAAGAAGUUUGCAGAUUUGCUUCCUGUUUGCUUUGGUUGACGUCCACAUUGCUCAGGGUUGACUGAGCACAAACUUGAGACUUAGGUUUUUGGUUCAUCACAGCAAUAAGAGGAAGACAUAUGUGUACAGACUGUCAAGGUGCUGUCACAGGCCAGAGUUCGGAGGGACAGACAGUUGGGCAACCAAAAGAAUAUAAAAAGGUGAACCGAGGCUAUUUGCAGGUGCUCCAAGCAGUUAUUGAUCCAGUUGCCACAUGGAAGCCAUGGUUGGGUGAGACAUCACUGCCAGGAGGCAGGUUGGAAAGAAACCACCUGCCAGAAGUAUCUUUAUGGUAUAAUAAUUAUGUAUAUCUGUGCUGUCCUUCAGUAGUUUCCUUAAGUGUCCAGAUAUGUCAUUCACACAGCUUUGUGAUUCCUGGAUAUGUUUAUGUGUUGUGAAGUGUUUUGUUGGGUUGUAUAUAUGCCAGUGUGAGGAGGCUUGUCAAACAGGGUGAUGAAAUCCAGGGCUCAUCCAUUGAAACCACCCUGUCUUUUUGAAGCAAUUCCACUAGCAGUGUGAUGGGAAAAGACAAUAAAUCGUGGCGGGAGUAGGGAAAGGAUUUGCAUGGAGAUCAAGAGGGUGGCACCACCUCCCACCUGCCACUGUGUAUAAUGUUCACUUUCUCGUUUAAUAGCAAUUAAGAAGAGGAGGAAAUUCUCUAAUGCUGUGAAAAAUACAAACUUUACUUUUUUAAAGAGUAGAGGGUACAGUCUUCCUCUACCUUCCUUUUAUUUGAACUGUAUUCUUUUAUCAUUUAAAUGACCUGUCUAACUAAACAUCUUCCACAUAGGGCCUGUAAUCUAACUCCGCGAAGGGAUUUGCCAGCCCUCUAAAACGCUGCACCCUUGAGUGUUCUUGAGUUAUAUGUAUGGCUGAGCAAUAUCCAGGGUAGGUACAGAAUAAGCUGGUGAGGACUUUUUAGAUGACUUCUCUUCAGAUAUCUUGAAAAUUUCAUGUGGUUUAUUUCUCAUUUCUGUUUAUGGAAAACAGAGAUGAGCAGGAAAAAUUUUGACCUCUUAUCCAAUACUUCACUUCUUGCCCAGUACCUCUAUGUUUUUCUUAAAGAUGACCAUAGUCUUUCAGUAACUCUGGAGGGAGUGUGUGUGUGUGUGUGUGUGUGUGUGUGUGUGUGUGUGUACCUGCACACAGAGGCGUGCGUGUGUUUAAGUAUUGAAUACAAAAGUUGACAUUUCAGUGCAUGGGUUAAAAAAGCCCCAGGAGCACAUAGGAUUAUUAGAGCUGUAAUCUGGAUGGUUACCUGAUCAGCAGGAGAGAAACCCCACCCCCAUUUUGCUUUUUGGAAACUCUUAGGAGUAGUAUAUACUGUAGCAAAUACACUGUGCUAUAUAGUACAGUAGUAUUCAUCUCUCAUUUUGGUCGUCUUUCCGAUUCUAUUUAGAAUGUAUGUUUUGGAUCAUUUCUAGUAUCUCAGCCUCUGUAGACCUUAUUAAGUCUUUCCCUGCUCUUGUUCCAAGUAUUUUCUUUUUCUCAUUUUGAGAAUUACCAAGAGCUCUAAGGACAGCCUGAUGAUGACAGCCUAGGCUCUAAGGUCCGUCCCUUCCUGCUCAUGACUCCAGACAGAUGCUGUCAAGUAGACCCGAGGCUUCCUGUGCGAAGCUUCUGAGAAUACCAGCUCACAGAUGUCUUCAUCUGCUUCUUUUGAGGAUUUCAUCCCGAAGUGAUCUAGGCAUGUUUGUUAAAAUGUUUUGUGGGAAUUGUUUAUUUUUUUCUUUAAAAAGCAUUAUGCAAAAAGUCACUUUUAAGGGCAUUUUAAAAUUAAGCCACUUUUUGGCUUUUUCCGAUAACUGUUUGUGGAUACUUUGUUUACAUUGUGAAUAUUAAAAGUAUGCAUCAUCUUGUUGGCCACUCAGUCCUCCGGGCACCAAGACCCUGACUGUCUUGUGAAUCCUUACACAGAGCACCGCCAUAAUGUCAGCCCCUGUGGAUAAGUGGUAAAACCUGGAGUUGACUUCCAUGUAUGUCCUUCGCUUUAUCCAAUAUUCUCUAUGAAGUAGUUGUCAUUUACUCAGUGAUGAUGUCUUAACAGUGAUGGUUGUAAUGGUGAAUGGCUAGUACAAUUUUUAUUUGUUUUGCUUUUUAACAAUAGACAAGAUGAAAUUUAAUUGUUUCAGCACCAAUCCAACUUGAAAGAAUUGUGGAUUUUGUUUUCCCUUUCAAACUAAAAGAACAAGGCAUGUAUUAUACAUAAGUGUAUUUGUUGCCUCAAGUCACCUGUCACCAUAGUAGGAAAAGACCUGCCACUGACAGGGGCUGCACACUCCUAACUUUACUCCCAGGUCUCAGGGUCCCUUGACACCGUGGAGAGCUUUUGCAAGGUGCUUCUGUACUUUUCCAGCCUGGAAGUGGAGGGUGACUGGGCCUGCCUUCUGCUAUGAAGAGAACCAGCCUCAUCUUCUCAAUGCCCCAGAGACAUAGGACAGGAUUUCUAAACUGGAAUCAUCAUCCCUUAACAGCCUAAGGAUCCCCCAGGAGGUACAUGACUAGCGCCGCCAUCAGUAUCUGCACAGCACUGCUGGUGGUAGCAUCCUGUGUGCAUAUGCAGAACUGAUACCCAGGGCUUCACUCACGCUGAUGACCCAAACUGAAAACUGGGAAACACUGAAAUCUUUCCUAAUCAAGCCCACCAAAAAGUGUUCGAUUUUUAUAUUUUGUUGGAUUUUGGUUUGCUUGGCAUAGCUAAAGGUGCCUUUUUUUUCGGUUUUGUUUUCUACUUUAUUUUGUAGGACUUGUUCUAAACAUAGAAAAUAAGUCCAAAAGACUCUCCCACUGACUGUUACCUUUGCCCUAGGUUACCCUCAACUUUUAUGCUCACAUUUUAUUAAAUAAAGCAGGUGCUCCCUGGAAUCUCUGGGACUUUUUUGAGGCAUUUGAAGCAGAAUAUAAAGAGUGGUCUCAUCUCCUUCCUUAAUCUUCCUAGUGGUUGGGAUGUUCCACUUGUAUCAUAGUUUUUUUAUUACUGAUGUGCUCUGCUGUUUUUAAAUGUGAACUUGUACGCAAAUGUGCAGAUGCAAUGUUCUUGUUACAGACUGAAUAAAUUUUUAUUUUGAA